GCUAGGCGGCGCUCGGGCGGGGGCGGGCGGCGGUGCGCGGGCGCAGGGCGGGCGGGGGCGCAGGGCGGGCGGCGCGCUCCGGCGUCAGUACGCGCGCGCCCUCGCCAUGGCUCGGUGGGUGCCGGCCCUCGUGGCCCUGCUCGUCGUCGUCUCCGCCGCGCGCAAGGCGCCGCCCCCGCGCGCCGAGCCGCAGAUCGAGGAGGUCACCGCCAAGCAGCUGGAGCGGGUGCUGGACGACAAGGACUACGUGGCCGUGUUCUGGUAUGCAAGAAGUUGCGUGACGUGCGACAAAGUGCUGGAGGAACUGGAGAAGAUAGACGACGACACGGACACUUUCGGCGUCGACUUCGUUAAGAUAAACGACAAGAGGCUCGCCAAGCAAUAUGGCAUCACGAAGUUCCCUGCACUCACGUACUUCCGUGAGAACGAACCGAUCAUUUACGAAGGAGAUCUCAUGGACGAGGAGAGCGUAUUGGAUUUCCUGACGAGCUUAGAAGCAAUGGACCUUCCUGACCGGAUAGAAGAAGUGAAUCAGAAGAUCCUCGAUAAGAUCAUAGAGGACACAGAAUAUGUAGCCGUUCUCUUCUGUCCCGAUCACAAAAAUUGCGGCCCGAUGAACAAUAAACCCGAAUGCAAGAAAUGCGCGAAAGCUUUACAAGAACUUGAGAACAUUGACGACGAAGCAGACCAACUCGGGAUAGGUUUUGUCAAGAUCCAUGAUGAGGAAUUAGCUGAGGAGUACAGUCUUGGCGAACUGCCAAGAUUAGUGUACUACAGGCAUCAAAUACCUGUUAUCUAUGAAGGUGAACUUAGUAGGGAGGAAGACGUUCUGGAAUGGCUCAUUGCGAACAAGUCGACUGGGGACGAAGAAGACGUGAUAGAGGACGUUACAGCCAAAACUCUUAACACUCUCAUUGGCAAUGUCGACAACCUUGUCGUACUGUUUUAUGACCACGGUGAUGAAGAAUCGAUGACGGUUCUAGGAGAGCUCGAAAAAAUUGAUGAUGAUUGUGAUCGGCACGGAAUUCAAUUCGUCAAAAUUGAUGAUAAGAAAGCUGCUAAAGAAUUUGGUAUCGAUGAUGUUCCUUCAAUAGUCUACUUUGAAAAACAAAUCCCCAAUGUAUACGACGGUGACCUUGAGAAUGAGGAAGAGAUUUUAGAAUGGCUUGUUGGUCAACUAGAAAAGGAUGAAAUCGAAGAUGUCACCGAUGAGAUGCUCGAUCGCCUAAUUAAGGAUGGAAAGACUGUAGCUGUAUUGUUUUACGACAACAAUGAUCGAAAAUCUCAAAAAGUCUUAAAUGAGCUAGAAAAUAUUGAUGAUGAGUGUGAUCAGCUUGGUAUUGCGUUUGUAAAAAUUGACAAUGAUGAGGAAGCCAAAGAGUACGGAAUCGACAAACUUCCGACUUUGCUAUACUUUGAAAAGGGUAUACCGACAUAUUAUGAAGGAAAUUUAGAAGAAGAGGAGAAGGUUUUAAGUUGGCUGAAGCAUCAAACUGAGAGCGAUGAAAUUGAAGAUAUUACAGACGAAAUGCUGGACCUAAUUAUUGAGAAAAUGCCAUACGUCGCUGUCCUGUUCUAUGAUAAGGACCAGAAAAAGAGUCAAAAGAUUUUAAGUGAAUUAGAAAAUAUUGAUGACGAAUGUGACCAAAAUGAUAUUGCUUUUGUUAAGAUUGACGACGAUAAAGAAGCUAAAGAAUAUGGCAUUGACUCGAUACCAACAAUGGUGUUCUUUGAAAAAGGAAUUCCACAUAUUUAUGAAGGUGAUUUGAUGAAAGAAGAUGAACUUUUAGGAUGGUUAAUUCAUCAAAAACGACAUAGUGAAAUCCCUGAAGUAACUGAUGAAAUGAUGGAUAAACUUAUAGACACUGCUCAAUACUUGGCUGUUAUAUUUUACGAUAAAGAAGACAAACAGGAUAUUAGAAUUUUAAAUGAGUUAGAAAAUAUUGACGAUGAACUGGAAAAGGAAGGCAUCGUAAUUGUAAGAAUAGAUAAUGAAGCAGAAGCUAAAGAAUAUGGUAUUGAUCACCUACCCACAUUAGUUUACUUCGAAGAAAAUAUUCCUGCCAUUUACGAAGGAGACCUGAUGAAUGAAGAUGAAGUCCUAGAAUGGUUAAUUGAACAAAAAAACAGUGCAACAAUAGAAGAAGUUACUGAUGAAAUUUUGACUGAUCUGAUUGAAGAGCAUGAAUAUGUGGUGGUCUAUUUCAGUGGCAAAUGUGAAGAGGGUGAAGAGUGUGACAACAUCUUAGAGGAACUAGAAAAUAUUGAUGACGAACUUGAUGAAACCGGUAUUAUUUUUGUAACAACAGAAGAUUUAACCGUAGCCAAGAAAUACGGAAUAAAAACGUACCCAACUCUCGUAUUCUUUAGAAACAAAGAACCUCUUAUUUAUAAAGGUGACAUCGAAGAUGAAGAUGAGGUUCUAGCUUGGCUAACAGACGAAAAUACACUCGAAAUUCCUGGUAAAAUCGAGGAAGUGAAUUCUAAAAUGUUAGAAAAAAUCUUAGAAGAAAAUGAUCAUGUUGUUGUCUUCUUCUAUAAAGAAAAUGACAAAAAAUCGCAGAAGAUACUAAGUGAGCUAGAAAAUAUUGAUGAUGAGUGCGAAGAAAAAGACAUUGAUUUUGUAAAAACAUCUGACGAAGGAGUUGAUAAAGAGUACGAUCUUCCCGAUUUGCCUGCUUUAGCGUUUUAUCGUCACAAAUUCAGAACUAUUUACGAUGGUGAUUUGAUGCAUGAAGAAGCCAUAUUAAAAUGGGUAUUGGACCUCCACGAUUCUCAGCCUGAUGUAAUCGAAAACGUUGACAGAAAAACUUUAAAGGACCUCAUUAAUGAUGUUGAGCAUUUGGCAGUAUUUUUCUACAGUGAAAGUUGCGACACCUGCGAGGAAAUUCUUGAGGAGUUAGAGACAAUUGAUGAUGAUACAGAUAAACAUGGGAUUCAAUUUGUUAAGUCAAAGGACGCAAAAUUGGCCUCUGAUAUUGGUAUUUUCAGUUUCCCAGCCUUGGUAUACUAUGAAACAGGAGUACCGAUUAUGUAUGAUGGUGACUUAAAGAACGAAAAUAAGGUUCUGCAGUGGCUUGUAGAUCAAAAAAGUGAAGAUAGCCACCGACAAAAAAAUAAAGCUAACACUAAAUCAAUGGCCAAUGCAGAUGUUGAUAAAAAAUCGGGGUUCCUGCGCCGUAAUCUCAAUAUAGAGUUGGUUAAGAAAAAUUUGCAAUCUGCCGAAAGGAAGAAAGUUGGAAGUCUAAAGGUGGUGCAUUCAGGAACAUUACCAGAUAAAAAACGCCAGGAGGGCAAGAAUAAAAGAAACAUUAUGCAAGUUGACGAUGAUGACGAUGAUGACGAAGAUGAUGAUGAUGACGACGACGAUAAUGAUGAUAGCGACGACGAUGACGAUAAUGAUGAAGACGACGAUGACGACGAUGACGAUGAUGAUGACGAUGACGACGAUGACGACGAUGACGACGAUGACGACGAUGACGACGAUGAUGACGAUGACGAUGAUGAUGACGAUGACAGAGAAAACAUAGUCUCAAGUUUUAUAAAAAAGAAAUUAUCUCUGUUUAAAAAUCCUACUAUGAAGGUUAAUCGCGAUAGUAAACUGAAAAUAAAAUUUCCUGGAAGUGAAAAAAUUAUCAAAUAUAGGAAAGAUGACAAUGAUAAUGACGAGGAUGAUGACGAUGAUGACGAUGACGAUGACGAUGACGAUGACGAUGACGACGAUGAUGACGAUGAUGACGAUGAUGACGAUGAUGACGAUGAUGACGAUGAUGACGAUGAUGAAGAUGAUGACGAUGACGGUGACGAUGACGAUGAUGACGAUGACGAUGAUGAUGACGAUGAAGAUGAUGACGAUGACGAUGAAGACGAUGAUGAUGAAGACGACGACGAAGACAAAAAGCAUAUAAAAGCUUAUCACAAAAGACUUAAUUAUAAAAUAGGCAAAACUCGUCGUGAUGUUGACGACGAGGACGACGACGACGAGGAUGAUGAUGAUGAUGAUGAUGGAGAUAAUAUAUUUAGUAGAAUAAAAGACAUUUUUACAGGAAACUUGUUGGAUGAAACAGAAGUGCUAGAUUGGAUGGUAAGACAAAAGGAAGAUGAAAGUAUAGAAGAAAUAGACAGGGAUGAAUUGUUCAAAUAUAUUGAGACAAAGGAAUUUUUAGCUGUUGUUUUCUAUAAAGAAGAAGAUCCUCUUAGUCCAAGAAUACUCAGACAUGUGGAAUUAAUUGAUGAUGAAGCAGCUGAAUAUGGAAUCAAAAUUGUUAAAUGUAGUGAUCGCCUAAUGGCAAAGAAAUAUGGAUUCCGUAAUCCACCUGGUAUAACAUACUUUAGGAAAACGAAAUAUAUCAAUUACGAUGGUGAUAUCGAUGACGAAGAAGAAAUAUUGGAUUGGCUUACUAAUCCAGAAAACAUGGAACUUACGGAUCACAUAGAGAAAGUCAACAAAAAAAUGUUUCAAAAAAUAAGACAGAUUUCGGAUUAUGUCGCUGUAUUCUUUUACAGUAAUGACUGCAAACAGUGCCCAAAAGUCUUGGCUGAAAUUGAACACAUAGACGACGAUGCGGAUGGAGCUGGUAUAAACUUCGUGAAAAUCGACGACCGGCAGAUGGCAAAGGAGUUCGGGGUAUUUGCAUUACCAGCAGUGUUGUUCUUUAAACUGGGUUCCAAAGAUCCUGUUAUAUAUGCAGGUGACCUAUAUGACGGGCAACAGUUGCUUAGUUGGCUGCUAACUCAAAAAAACCCAGCAGGUGAUGUUAUUGAAGCACUGGAAGGUCAAGAACUAUUAGAUAUGAUAGAGCAAUCCACAUCUCUAGCAGUUUAUUUCUGGAAUAAAACAUUAUGCGAACUGUGCAAUGCAAAAGCUACGCAAAAAAAGACGAAAAAGAGUUUAAGAGAUCACGAUGAAGAAGAAGGGCAAGAGAUAGACGAUUCAAUUAAUUGUGAACAAUGUGCAGGAAUUCUAGAAGAGCUAGAAAAUAUUGAUGAUGAUUGUGAUAGACAUGGAAUAAAAUUUGUAAAAACUCAAGAUUACUCCAUAUCAGAGUCGUAUGGUGUCACAGAUUUUCCUGUACUGGUAUAUUUUGAAAAUAACAUACCCAAUGUUUAUGAAGGAUCUUUAGCGGAAGAGGAGGAAGUAUUACAGUGGCUUAUCACUCAAAAAACUGAGGAUCGUAUUGAACUCAUUACACGAGUAAUGCUUGAACAUAUGGUGGAAGAAUCUCAAUAUCUGGCCGUUUACUUUUAUAAGUUAAAUUGUCAUAUAUGCGAUCAUAUAUUGGAGGAGUUGGAAAAAAUUGACGAUGAAUGUGAUGUCUAUGGUAUUCAUAUGGUUAAAAUUCAAGACCCACAACUCGCAAAAAGAUAUUCAAUCAAAACUUUCCCUGCUAUGGUGUACUUUAGGAAUGGUAAUCCACUUUUAUUUGAAGGUGACUUGCAAAACGAAGAAUCUAUUCUUGAAUGGCUUAUUGAUGACGACAAUCGUGAAUUAGCAGAUGAGAUCGAGUCGGUAAAUGAUCGAAUGCUCGAGAGACUGUUAUAUGAGUCCCACUUGUUGGUUGUAUUUUUCUAUGAUGAAGAAGACUGUCCUGAUUGCCAAGAUAUACUCGAGUCUUUAGAGCAAAUAGACGGGGAAGUUGACCAAUUUGGAAUUGACUUUGUCAAAAUAGCGAGUGCGGAGGCAGCUGCAGCUCAUAAUAUUAUAAACAUACCUUCUUUGGUUUACUUUAGGAAAAGAACGCCAAUGUUAUAUGACGGUGACUUACAUCAAGUGGAUAGAGUCCUUCAAUGGUUGACUUCUCAAGAAGUUUUUGAAAUAAAAAAUGAAAUUGAGGAAGUUAAUAGGAAAAUGUUGGACAAGUUGUUAGACGAGAAUGAAUUUCUUGCUGUUUACUUUUAUGAAAAUUCUGUUGAGAGUCGUCUUGUAAUGGAUAAAUUAGAGAACAUAGACAGCGAAACUGACAAUUUAGAUAUAACAUUUGUAAAAAUGCAUGAUCCCCGUUAUGCUCGCAAAUGGGGCGUCACAAAACUGCCGGCUAUAGUCUACUUCAGGAAACGGUUUCCAAGUAUAUACAGAGGCGAUGUGAUGGCAGAGGAUGAAGUAUUAGAAUGGCUACGAAAGAACAGGUUUAGGCAGCCGGAGUUGAAUAUAUUCAUGUACGCGUUGAUAGCUUUAUCGAUAGCUUUUGUAUUGUACACCGCCUUUUUACUACAGUGUUUCAAACCAGCGGCCACUGCACCGGCGCAGCAUCCAAAACAGGCGUGAAGAACAUUUUUACAUGAGUGUUUUCACAGGUUUCGUUACCUUUGAUAACCGAUAGCGCUAAAAUAUCUCUGCGCUAGAAAGCUUAUGGCUAGACGAAUUUAUUACCUUUCACUGUUUAAAGGUUUUUUUUAUAAACGUUCCAACUUAAGAUGUACAGGGAGGCUGAGAAGUCAGCGUUAUGAUCAUUAAGUGAUGACGUUAUUAGAUUGAGCUUUUACAUAAGCUUACUUAUUUAUUUUAAAAAUCAUUAAUGUCGAUGGUAAUAAGGUUUCGUUUAAUACCGAUAAAUAGUUAACUAACAAAUAUAUGGGAUCAAUCUUAACCUAAUAUAGGUUUUAGAACAGAAGACAGUUCUUCAUGUAACUUAUGCCAAUCAACCAAUUAAAUAUUUUUUUGUUAGUAAUCUCGUGUUUUUAAAAUUCAACUAUGGUUAAAUUUGCUGAUUAGUCAUAAUUUUUACCUUAUAAUGAAACGUGAAGUUAAAUGACAGUUAAAUUCUUUUUAGAUGUCUGUCUACGUAUACCAAGGCAUAGCUCAUAUAAUUAUUUUCUAAGAACUUAUUCCUAGUAUAUUAGGCUACAGUUUGUUAAGUUUUUGGCUCGCGAUUUCUUAUUGGUAUAUUUUGAAAAAGUAUGCGUACAAAGAAAAAAUUACAACACUGAAGUCUAGAGUCAUUCCCCUCAAAUACUUGUAAUGUUCCAUUGAAAAGUUCAUUUAAUUGGCUAGCAUGAAAAACUUUAUAUUGAAGCGACUUAUUCUCAGUAUCUGAUGGUGCACUGCCGGCCUGGUAUAUCUAGAUAAGACUGUAUCUAAAGGUACUUAUCAAUUAUGUAUUAUUUAUUAUUUUAUUAAUGCAUGUGGUUUCGAUAUUUUGACGGAGUAUUUUUUAUCUGUUGAAAGACAUUAUGAACAUAUUUAAAUAUAUCGUUAAAGUUGAUCAUUUAUCCUUUUAUAUGUUAUCCUGUUUAAAUAUUAUAUUUGAAUCGGGCUUUAUUUUUUGUAAGUAUAGUCUUUUAAGACUCAUCUUGUUUAUUGUUUAAUACGUUAUUUUCUAUAUUUUUAUUAUCUCUGUUAAUGUUGACUUUUAAAUAAUCAAUAAUUUUUACAUUCACUUAAUUCCAACAUUCAUUUAAAUCAUUAUUAUUAACCAACUAUUAGGUACUUUUUGUCAUUCCCGCUAAAAUUUUGUAAUGAUAGAUAUAUUAUCAUAUGCGUUAUGUCUACCUACCUACUACAUUUACAUUUUAAACCUACAUAAAUUCUUGUACAUAAAAUCAGUGGCGUAAAUAGCACCCGUCUGAAUAUGGCGUACCUACAGUUACACCACUUUUAUGAGUUGCAUUGCCAAAAUUCUAUGUAGCGUUGAUAUAUGUACUAAAACUGUGUCUGCUACUUUUGAGUACUUUAAUCUUAACGAAACGGCCAACCUUUUUCUAUACUUACUUAAUAAAAAAAAAAUAAUGAGAAAUUUGUGAUGCGUAUUAGAUGAGUUUUGUUGGCAAACUUCGCUCCGCUUGGAGCACUCAUAAGUCGCUAUUAGACCUCAUCAGAGUAACUGUUAUCUUUUUCAUACGGAUAUGUAAAAAUGACGUUUGUGAGGGAAACAAUAAGGUUAUAAAAAUGUAGUUACGCCACUGAUAAAAUUUGCUAUAAUAUGCAACCUAUUUUAUAGAUACCAUUCUAACCAUUCUAGGUAUUUCAGAUUUUGUAAAUAUCAUAGUUUUUUGUUCGAACUGUUUAUGUACCAACCUAUCAUUAUUUUUUAAUUAAAUUAUAACGAAAAAACUUAUAUUUCUUAUUUAAUUAAGCACUUACUUACUUUCUAAUUAAAAGCAGCAAAAAGCUGUUAUUUCCGAUUGUAACAAUAGUAUUUAUAAUGUAUGUUUUGCUCAAAGAGUAAAGCGCGUUUGGGCUUGCGUAUGUUAAGACGUUAAAAGUUGUACAUAAAAUGUAAAUAUUAAAAAUAAAUAAAAAUAGUAAAAAUAAUAUAUGAA